AUGCCCAAGAAGGGUGGGAAGAAAGAAACUCGCAAUGUGAGCGACGAAACCCUCGAUGCUUUGGUUGCGGCGAUUGAGGGUGUUUCUGCAGCUGAUUCACGAAAGAAUCCCAAGCAGGGAAUGACCAAAAAGCAGGCGCUUGCUCUUGAUGAAAAGAAGGUAAAUGAGGCGAUUUGCAAAGUCCAGGGAGCAAAUGGAAUGCCCUUUAGCGAGAAGCAAUUGCGAAUGGCUUUUGCAGCGCAGCGUCUUUGGCAAGAGAAGGCCAUUCGUGAUGCGCAAUAUGUCAAUGUUGUUGUGCCGCUGAAUGAGGGGCAAAAAUCAUGGAUGGAGGUUGCACCAAAAAAGUAUAUUCGCUAUGAGCAAUUUGAUGGAAGUGAAGAGGCAAUGAAUUUUGUUGUUCAGCUUUUUACGAGGGAACUAACAGAACCUUACAGUAGUUUUACCUACGAGUAUUUUGUUUUUGGAUGGCCCGACCUGACCGUGAUUGCUUACGGCAUUGAAAGUGAAACAGUCCCUGAAGCUUCUGUUAAAGGAGAACGUGUGGGAGCUGUGGUGUCCCGUGUAACACGAAAGGGGCCGGGUCGUCCUUUGAGAGGAUACGUGGCAAUGUUCGCUGUUGUACCGGAAUUCCGCGGAUUCCGUCUUGGGAGUCGUUUGGUCGCUUUGACCACUGAACUAAUGAGACAGAAGGGGUGCGAGGAGGUGUAUUUGGAAACCCCUGUGAGUAACGAACGCGCACUUUCGCUCUAUUUGAACCUGGGAUUUGUGAAAACGAAAUUUCUUCCUCGUUACUAUCUUGAUCACUCUGAUGCGGUUCGUCUUAAGCUGUGGCUUACCGAUGCCAUCUCCCCAUCUGAUGAAGAGAGCACCGGAGCAGCGAUCAUGCAUGAAGCUGUUUAA